GGUAGAUAAUGUGUUAAAUGAUCUUAAAUCUCGAAAUCUAUAAAGAAAUUCAUUUGGAUUUUAAUAUUUAAGAAAUAUUCUAAAAUAUUUUAUCAAUAUUCGAAUAUGUGUCAGCCAAAUAAUCUUCGUGCAGUGGAAAAUGGUCGUAGAGACUCAGAUAUUCGGCCAAAGAUGCCAGAUGAUUUGCCACCCAAAAAGAAGGCCAUUUACAUGGAAGAAGCCAUAACGAAAACUAAGUUCGGGCUAUUCAAUUAUUUUCUCAUAUUUGUGAGCGGUAUUAUUUUGUAUGCGGUCGGUUUGGAAACGUGUGGCAUUUUAUAUGUGAUUCCGAUUUCACAGUGUGAUUUAAAUUUGACUUCUUCUGAAAAGGGAAUUUUGGGUGCUGCUGCAUUUUCGGGUAUAAUUUGUUCGUCGCAUCUAUGGGGCUUUUUAGCUGAUACAAAAGGACGACGUCGUGUUAUUUUACCUGCAUUACUAUUGGCCGUUGCCAUGUCUGUGAUCGGAUCAUUUGUGAAAAAUUUCUACAUUUUCACUUUAUUACGAUUUCUCAAUGGAUUUUUCAUGUCGUGUGCAUCAGGAACAAUUUACGCGUAUUUGGGUGAAUUUCACAAUAAUUUCCAUAGAAGUCAGGCAAUAAUGGGGGCGGCAGUGAUUUUUGGUAUAUCAUGUAUGAUGAUGCCAUUAACGGUAUGGAUCGUAAUCGAUCAAGAUUGGCAAUUUGAAAUUCCUUUCAUUGAUCUCACUUACAAACCGUGGCGUUUCCUGCUCAUUGUAUGCAGUUUACCCGGAUUUUUAUCGGCGGUAGCAUUGUUUUUCUUGCCAGAAAGUCCGAAAUUCGUGCUUGGUCAAGGCAAUAAAAUGGCGGCAUAUCAAAUUUUACAAAAAAUGAAUCGAUGGAACAAUGGUAAAAAUGCACAACUGGAACUAUUUGAAAUUCGCGAAGAAAUCGAAACAAUUGAAAACAGACAACGUGUUUUGGAUAAUAAAGACAGUCAAUUUCCAUUGUUAAAAACAAUUUGGAGUCAAACAGCACCACUAUUUAAAUCACCAUACUUGAAAUCAACCAUUUUAAUUUGUACAAUUCAAUUUGGCAUUUAUUCAACGAGUACCGGAUUUUUCAUGUUUUUCGCAGAAAUUUUAAAUAAAAUGUCAGCGAAUUUGGAGAGUUUUUAUGAUCAACGAAUUUCAAUGUGCAAUGCAAUUAAUAUGAAAUCAACCAAUUUAAGUGCAAUCGGACAAGAUGAAUUUAAUGAUAAAGCGCAGAUUUGCAAUGAUAAACUUGAAUUAUCCACAUUGGAAAAUGGAAUUGUUUUGGAAAUCGCUUUUGGUUUGGGCCAUGUGAUGGUUAGCUUACUCAUUAAUAGACUUGGCAAAUUUCCAAUUAUUUUUUUCAUAUUGACUUCAACUGGAUUAAGUGGAAUUGGAUGCAUGUGGACUGAUAUUCCGGCAAUUCAAAUUUCUCUGUUUCUUUCACUUUUAUCGUGUGGCGUUGCCGCAAAUGUUGUUAGUUCAGCAGCUGUUGAACUAUAUCCAACGACUUUGAGGGCAAUGGCAUUGUCGAUUUCAUUGAUGUUCGCUCGAUUCGGAGGUGUUGCUGGUUCAAAUGCAGCAGCGUUCCUACUGGAUAAUUACUGCGAAAGCGCAUUUUAUCUUUCAGGUUCAGUUGUAACAGCAAUGGGUAUGCUUGCAUUUUUUAUUCCAAACAUUCAUAACAAAAUCAAGGAAAUCGAUCCAGAAGAAACGAAAAACGAUCCCCGCCUGAGUAUAAUAUCGUUCAGUGGAUCGGUGAAAAGUUUCUAAGAUAGACUGAAGAGGAUUGAAGAAGUGAUUAAACUGAAUUGUAAACAAGGCUGAAUAAAACGUUAGAAUUAGUAAAAUCUGAUGCAGCAAUAAAUUCGUUUUUAUAGCUGUAUACAAUUUAGUUUAGUAUAAACAUAAACUGUAUCUGACCAGUGCUAUAAGGCUUCAAUUUAAGUUACCAAUCAUCGUAAAUCUAUUUAUUAUUAUUAUUUUUUGUACUGUACAUGAAUAAACUGUAAAAAAAGUG